AUGUCUAAAAAGAAAAUAGUGAUUAUUUCGGAUACCGUAGAACUCUGUCCAGUUUUUGACAUUGGGCUGGCAGAGUAUAAGAGAUUUCGACAUUUCCUUGAUGACCUCUUCAAGGAGAAGAAUUGUUGGUUGUCGGGUAUAAUCAAGUUAAAAUGCAAACCUGACUUGAUUAAAGCACUUGAUCCUUGCGGUGAAGGACGAUUUACUUGGGCAGAAGGUGACGAUGGCGACACAUCAAUUUGGUCGUCACUCGCGAAAGAAAAGAUCCUGAGUGUAAAUAGGCAAUCACUCCAAAAAAUUAACAGGAGUGGAAUUUAUCAAGUGCACACAACUCCUGAAGGCCCAGAUGCGGAUGAAGACAGUGUUCUCAAGUACUUUCAGAAAACCCGUGAGAAGGGUUUGAUGCAUCCAGAUGCUCUUGGAGGAAGUUCUUGCACACUUCCGCAUCCCCCAACAAUUGCAGCAGCUUCUGCUGAAGGCGAGUGCUGUAAACCAAGGGAUGAAGAAGCAGAGAGGAUAGCUGGAGAAGCAGCUCAGAAGGCAUUUUGGUCUGCCCUGAGAUCUCUUCAAAUGAACGAGACAACGGAGCAAAAGACUUACGUCACGGAAUUAACAAUGAAAGUGGACGAGAUCAGACUCCACGAAAUCAAGAAAUGUGGUGGAAGGCCAAAUGAUGAAAAAUUCAAGUUGGACUUGACGGAUAUUCCCGGAAAUAUCUUUGGGAACAUGAUGGGGAACUUCGAUCAAGACGGGAAUGGGAUUGUUUUUGGAAUCAACACCCCUUACUUCUUCCUUGGAUCAAGAGGUACUGUGUUCCCAAUGCACUGUGAGGACAUGGACCUCCUCUCCAUCAAUCUGCAAUGUGCGGGGUAUCCAAAGUACUCGAUCCGUACAAAGGAUGUCCCAAUUUUCGAGAAGGUUGUUCAUCUUCUACUUGCCAGAGGAACAAUGUGCCAAAAUGUUAUGCGACACAAGAUGCACAUUUUCGACCCGAGAUGGUUCAGGCAGUUUGGCAUAAAGCCAAUUAUUGCUAUUCAGCAUCCCUGGGAGUUUGUUGUGACCCUUCCAAAGGGAUACCACGGGGGUUUCAAUGAUGGGUUCAACAUCAAUGUUGCAAUCAACUACGCAGUUCCCUUCUGGAUUGACUACGGUUUAAGAUCAAGGUUCUGCACUUGCAAUGAUGUAAGGAUUCCAAUGGAACCAUUUGUCCGUCACCAGUAUCCUGAAAAGUACAGGGAAUGGUUGACAAAUGGAUUAAGAACUUUCCUGGAGGAUGGACGAAACGAUUUAAUUGGGAUUAAAAUCAAUCCCUUUGCAGAACCGCCAACUCUACAAGACCUGAAAAUGGUGCCGAUACCAAGAAAUGAAGAAGAGUGGAGGUUGGAGAAAGAAGUAGGUGACUGGAACGUGGAUCAUCUGCAGUUUCUCAUCAAAAGGAUUGCAUUUCUUGAGGAAAUUGUGAAGGAUCUUGGCAGGAAAAGGCAAAGGUCAAGGAGUGCUUCACUGGACAGAGGUGUCCAAGUAACAGUAGAAGAGGAACUGCAUGAGCGGAAGGAAAAAGCCAUCAGACGUGAUUAUGGUUUGGAAGAGCAACGGCAGUUUCCACCAUCUCCUCUUGAUGAAGUCACCUUCCCGCCCACCUACCCAGAAGCCUUUAAAAUAGUUUCUGUUGAGGAGAAAAAAAAAGAAUUGUUCGAUAAAGAAAAAUAUGUUGAGGAAGUUAAACGUAGAAGAUUAUACAAAUUGUGCAAAAUGGCCGAAGUGUCAACUGCAGAAAGAAAUGCGCGAAAUUGUGAAAUGAGUGCGGAAGAUGUGUUGUGCAUGACUCUAUCGGCAAGUAAUGUCAUGUCAUUACAUUUCGCGCUCCAACAAACUCUUUCGUCACAAGUGCUCCCAGAAUUAAGUGGUGUUGAGGAAUUCGACGCGUACACAAUGGAUUUGGACGUCCUGAACGAGAUAAUCCCGGACGAUUACUUCAACUCGUUCAAUGUACAACAGUUUGAAAGUAUUUCUGCACAAACGUUGCAGGAAUUCAUAACUGCUGUGGUGGACGUCAUGAAGAAACAUGGGUUGAAAACUCUACAUCAAAUUGACAUCAAAAUGAUGGAAGCUCACUCUGCCCCCGUAACGGAUGAAGAAUCUACUUCGUGCCUUACAGUUGUGGACAACCUAAAUGAUGACAUUGUCAACAGUCCACAUCGAGAAUCGGCUAUAACCCAAGGUACACAAACGGAUGUUCCUGCAUGUACCAUGACGAAAGGUACACAAACGGAACCGUCCUCAAUAAGGACGGCUAACACACAGACAAACCGUUAUUGUCCAAAUCUUACAACCUCGGCAACCCAAACGGAUCUGUCUGAUACAUUAUCAUCAGUUGAAGAAUGCGACGGAUGUGCGUUGAGCAGAAAUUUCGUGCAAUUCAUGAAGACGAAACGGCCGGACGUUGAUGCAAGGGAAGUGAAAAGCAUUGAAACUGCGAAAUCAACAGCGGAGGAUUGCGCCCGCUGUAAGCUCGUAAUGAACCUCAUCAUCAAUCUACUAAGAUUCCGUAGAGAUGAUAUUGUGCUGUUCAACCUCGUCAUGGCCACACAGAACGCCAUAAAAAAUCGGGUGCAAAUUCCGGCUUCUGCUGAUCUUGGAGAAAGCAAUGUGGCCAUUAAUGAGGAACAAGCAGGACCAGCACCUUGCCAAGUGAGACGUGUCAUACCUUCAAGAAUGUCAAAGAAACGGACACGUUCUUCCAGCAGUUCCAGGAAGUGUAACAGCGACAGCGCCAGCAUGAGUGAAUGCGAUGAAGGAAUGACAAAUGCAUCCAAAAAAAAGAGUGUGCGCUGUGCGAAAAAACAGAAGGGCGUUCCAAAAAGGGGGAAGAAGCCAGCUCCUAUCAACAUUAUUACACCAUCCGCCAUCAGGAAAAGGAACAACAAUGUCAUGAACCAGCAUCACAGACACCGGGUCUUCAACCGUGGGGAACAGCAGGCUUCCACAUCCUCUGCUGCUGCAUUAUCAAAAUACAUUCCUGCAGCACCAUCAGCACACGCCGAAUCUUCACCUGAAUUGGUCAGUGUGACCGUCCUUUACGAUGCAUUUGCCUUACGUGAUGAAGAAGGAAAUGUCGCAAGCAAUCCGCCAAAGUGUUAUUUGGAUAACACCGCUGAAUCUGUUGCUGCUUACGGUGCUUUCAUGCACUGGGCUUUGGAAGGCCACACCCACAUGCAUGAUUUACUCCAAGAUAAGGAACCGAACUACAAUGGACCUAACAAUGACUGGAGGGAGAAAAGUUGCACAUUUACCCUUGACCGCGGGUUUGUGCAGAAAAAUUUUGGUCCAUCAGAAUUUAAUGACGACCCUCUAUGGGACUUCCCAUGCCAUGCCGUUCCAGGAGUCAUGUCCUGCACUGAAAUUCAUUUCCCCCAGAGGGUGUACGAAGGAUGCUUGGAUAUUCAGAGGAUUACACCUCAGGAGAUUGUUAAUGUCCCACUCGGCAUGGAUAAAACUCCUGUUCCCUGCGUUAUGCUUGUUGCUGCGGAGUAUAACGACGAGGACUUCGGAUUAUUCAUGCGUCUGGAUGACCUGGAAGAACUGAUUCUUCGAGUCAGAGCCUACUGUGGAACCCUAAUACGCAUGGCUAUAAGUGAGACAAACAUUGACAGUGAUGCUGGACCAGGUGAUCAUGCCAAUGAGGACGUCGACAACAUAAAAAAGAAAAGCCGUGGGUUGUAUAACUCCCUCAUCGUCCGAGCCGUUUUUCAAGCGGAUUCCAGUGGGGGCAUCAGGAAUUACGGGACGUGUUUUUUAACCAAUGCAUAUGACAUACAAGCAAUUACUGUCAUAGGAAGGUAUCUGGAGGAGAACAACAUGAUCAACACCGACAAUUAUGCAAAAUUCAGAUUCUGGUUCCAAAAAUUUGUGUCGUGGACAACGGCUCUGGAACUUGCAAAGCAUGUUCCGUUUUGUGUUCUCAAGAAACUGAACCUGAACCUCUACACCAGCAAGUACUUCUUGAGAUCAUCAGCACUCUCAGCAAUGUACACCGGGCCUCAUGCUGAAUGCAGUAAAAAUGCUGAAAGCAUUGAGGAAAUUUCCAUGCCUACGUCAGAAAAUUCUUCUGCAUCAGGAAUUUGCCCAGGUCCUCAUCCUGGUCCAAAUAUUCAGCUAGAAUAUGCUAGCGACCCAAGUGAUGAUGAAGCAGACGUGAUUCGUGACAAUAACAUUGUCAAAGUUGCUUACUGA